AUGCUGGGACGGGGAUUGCUUUUUGCCACCGGCGCGCCGGCGGCCUCGGCGGCCUACGUAUUGCUGCACACGCCAACAACAGCCCCGUCGCCGGACGCUCGCUUCGAGGCGAACCGCUGCGCGACGCGCGACGAGGGCCUCGCGCGCCUGCGGGCCGACGGCUUCGCCACGGUGCCCGGCGUCGACUGCGCGCGGCUCGCAUCGACCCUCGACAGCCGUCGGCGACGGCAGAAGGCCGUGGAGGUCUCCAAGGGCCGGCUCCACUACGACCUCGUGCACUCGCGGCACCGAGACGACGCGGACCUGCGGCGGAGCAUCGAAGCGCUCGCGGGCCCGCUCCGCGACAUGGCCGAGGCCUACUGCGAGACGCGCCGCGUGAAGCUGACGCAGGUCCAGUUCCUCGACUCGCUGCCCGGGUCCGCGGCCCAGAUCUGGCACAGCGACAACGCCGCGCGCGGCCUGACGUUCAUGCUGCCGCUCGAGGCGAUCCGAUGCGACAUGGGCCCGACGGAGGUGCUGCCUCGGUCCCACGCGUCCUGGGCCGCGUUCCCGACGACGCGGGCGCUCGCGUGCGGGCCCGUGGAAACGGGCGACGCGCUGGUGUUCGACGCGCGGCUCCUCCACCGCGGCGGCGCCAACGGGAGCCGCGCGCGUCGCCGCGUCCUCGUGCUCCGCUACGACGUGAGCGACCCGCCGGGGACGGGGCUCCUCGGCACGGCCCUGCGGCGCGUCGUCGCCCACGCCUGGGCCCAGCUCUCGGAUCUAAGCUAG